GGUUGUGUCUCAAGCAAUCGAAAGUCAGACCGAAUUGCCAGAUGCAAAAGAAAGGGCAGAACAAUUCAGAAACAAGUACUUGAAAAGACUGAAAGAUUUGCGUAAGAAGGCGUUGUAAGUGUAGCUUAAUUAGCUUUUGCAAAAUCAUAGUAAACCUGGAGUAUGUAUAUACUGUACUCUUACAGCACUGAGCUGCCAUGUCAACAUUUAUUUUGAAACAUUUAUUGAUCUCUUCCUAUUGAUUGAUGAUCAGAACCUGUUCUUUAUGACAUUUUUAGUGCCUAUGGAAAUUUGACUGUCAGAAGUUUGUUAGAUACGAGGGAACAAUUUUUAAAUGAAUCCCAGUUUUCUGAUCCCUACGCCUUGGUAAGUGCAGCGUAUAUAUAUAUAUAUAUAUAUAUAUAUAUAUAUAUAUAUAUAUAUAUAUAUAUAUAUAUAUAUAUAUAUAUAUAUAUAUAUAUAUAUAUAUAUAUAUAUAUAUAUAUAUAUAUAUAUAUAUAUAUAUAUAUAUAUCAGUAUUUCACAGAAACCUACCCGAGGGAUGAAUUAAGAAUAUUAAAUAAUUAAUAUAUUGGUUAAUUGGGUCUUGAAAUUAUCCAUUAGUUCGAUUAUUAUUUGUGCUACAAUAUCAGAAGGAAGCUUAAUUAAGUAAUGUAUGGUGCACGUCAACACCUCAUUAUGCCCAAUCAGCGCAAUCUCUGACCCUGAAGCGAAUGAUUUCAAAAUGUAAUGCUUUAGGUAAAACAAAAGGAAAAUGAAGCUGCUCUACUAAAUUUGUCAGAGCGACUAGCAGCAUUGAACAAGUUAUCUUGGUACGACAGACAAAUUGAAAUUAUUGAAGGGAUUUUGGCCGGAAAUGUUUUUGACUGGGGAGCUAAAGAAGUUGUAAAGUAAGUAUUCUUACUAUACGUGCAUGUCAUACGAUUUUCACAUCAUAAACAAGCAGGAAACUGCGCGAAGGCUACGCAAAAUCGUUUACGAUUACGUCUACGGUAGCCGGAAUCUUAUUGUACUCAUGAAAACUUUCCAUUUUGGUUGGCUGAGACAGUUCAAUUUGGCAUGUAUAUACUGUAUAAUACAUGUCAAGUGCCACGAAGUAACAUAUCCCGGGUGUCCCCAAAACUUGAUUUUAUGUAAGGUAAAAACUAUAAAAGCUAUUACACUCAAAUACGUUUUAUUGUAUUGAGGCAAGGCUAACUUAGAUUUUGAUAUACAGCCCUAAAAAAUUCAUGUAAUAUUUCGUGAGAUACAAACGUUUGAAUGUGGCGCACGCUUUAAAAAUGAGUAAAAAAAUCGAGAAACAUGGCUGAUCAAAUUUAUAUGAAAACAAAUUGCCGUUUUCCACAAAAAUUAACAUUUCAAUUUCAGCAUUUCAACUCAACUAUAAUUUCGGGUAAUGUCCUAGCAUAAAUUAACCUUUCGUGUUUCUUGGGAAGCGAAAUAAGAGUGAAAAUUAAUAUAGUUAUUAAUAUACUGUAGUUUACAAAAAUUAAUAUAGUUAAUUCGAUUAACAAAAGAUCAAAGAGUUUGGCUUUUAUGUUUUCCUGUGCAAGACAUUGUAUGCGUGCAAGGGGACAUACUUUCUAUGAUAAAUGAAUAAAUGUUUAUCCAACAAUUAUGUUUUUCAUUCGUUCUUUUGGUUACAAUAAAACUACAUAAUCAAGUUUAACCAAAUAAUAUUUGAUUGGCAAUUUUAUGCAAAUUUUUAACAUUGUCAAAUAUGCUUAUUCGAUUUAAAACAUCGAUAGCUCAGUAAAUAUUGCACAGAUAUUCAAAUGUUUUAUAUCAAAAUCUAAGUUAGCCCUUUCUGAAUGCAAUAAAACUUAUUUGAGUGCAAUAACUUUUAUAGUUUUUAUGUUACAUUAAAUCAAACAGCGCAAGUUUUUGGGGGGACACCCGGUAGUAUUUUGUUAAAUAUUUUUACAAUUAUCGCAUGCAGUAAUCAUUUGUGAAUUGAAGAAACUAUGUCAGUGCUUUUUUUUUUCAUUAAACGUUUUAACCUAACCCUUGUUUCUGAAAUUAUUGGAUGUAAAUAUUGGUGUUUCUGUACCACCUGUGUGGCCAAAAUGUCUAUAACUGUUUUUCAGAUUAAUGAUGAAGGGUGAUCUUCAGUUCGAAACGGCCAGGAAAAAUUUACAAGGUAAAAACCCGCUUAUACAGUAAAUAUGCAAUUACCAGUACCAACAAUUUCCUCAUUUUCAUCCUUAAAGGUUGGUGGUAGCUGCGAGCAGGCUCUAUUUUUACAUGCACCCCAAUAAAGAGCUGAUACUCGCGGGCUAGGGGUGGUGCACGUUUUUAUUGUAAUAUUAUCGGGUUAUAACUAAAUACAUGUAAAUACAUCUACUGUACUAUUAUGUACAACAUGAUAUAUCGUAAUAUCUCAUAAUUCUAGUUGGGUUCAAUUGUUUGGCGAUAAAUAUGAGGACGAAAAUAAUAUGCUGUCUUGUUUCAUAUCUAUACGUAACAAUCGUCUUUUAAAGUAAUUACAGUAUUUUAUUUAUUAAACGUUCUCUGACUAAAUAUUUAUUUCUACGAGCUUUCGGCUAUCAGUCUAUAGCCUUCGACGGGUGUAUAGCCGAAAGCUCGUAGAAAUAAAUAUUUAGUCAGAGAACGUUUAAUAAAUAAAUUAUGUUUCAACCUGGCUACGCAUUCUCUAUUUUUUAAUUACAGUAUAUUAAAAGCAAACAAUGCAUCAAUAUUUAAAACAAACUUAUCUUCAUUAACGUCGGCGCCUUUACUCCCUUCUUUUAGCAAUUCUUUCGCCUUUAUUUUAUCAAAAAGCUUUUGAAAUUUACAAAAUCUUGCGAAAAUGAAAUAUAUUUGCAAGAAAUCAUCAAAUCAAGGAAUGUUUGCUAUUUCGCUGUCGUUAUGCAACGUUAUAAUGCAAAUUUUAAAUUGGACGAAUCAGUGUUGGCUAUUCAUGACAGUCCGCAGUAUUAUGAGAUCAGUGAGGAUGACCACCCACUCAGUGACCCACGCCCGCGAUCAUUGAUGAACUUUAGACUUCGCUAAUGCUUUCGUUUCCCCCGGGUGUAAAUAGCCGGGCGGAAUUAGUACCCUCGCACCCUCAAAUUUUACCCUUGACCAUUCCCAUCAUGCACCAUUAUUUUAAUUAAUCCUCAUUUGAGGGACUGGGUACGAGUCAGCCCUCGCACGGCGCUUCGCGCCGUUGGCUCGGGGAUAAUAGACUGUUCAUUGUUUAACGGCUGCAUGUUCGAUGUUAAUGUAAAUAACAAGGUCAAACUCAACCUCGUACCCAGGAUCUUUCUUUGGGAAAGACCCUGGCUGCGGCUGGUCACGUGCCUCAACAAAAAUUUAGCGCCUGAGGGGGUGUGGGGAAAGUAUCAAAUUACAUGAACAUGCUUCCAGUGGAAUAUUCGUUAAAAACAUAAAUUUUGCGAAUUAUUACGUUCAAAAUACUUGCUAAUUUUUGUUUAUUUUCUUUGCUUUGAAUUUACAAGAACAUUCUUACAUUCUUACUAACAGUCAAGUCAAGAAACAAAGCAAAUCGUUACUCGCAGUACGUGCUCUCUCGUGUUGUUAUUCAAUGCAUGCUCUCUAAGUUCACAAUCGAGCGCGGUUGUAACAAACCUUUUAAUAUGUAAUGUUUUUAAAAUACACCAUAAAUGAUCACAUAAUUCGUCCUUUCUUGUAAACGUUGAUGCGCUUUGUACCGAUUCACUUGUUACUACGCGUCUUGUUUAUAAGAUUUUUAAAAGAAACAGUAUUGUCUAGGACUGACCCAAUAUUAGCAAAUGUAAACAUUUGAUAAUAGCCGGACAGAGAAAUGUCUAUAAGUACAGAGCAAAUUUCAGUUAUUGGUUUAUCUGCAUUUAGUACAUAAUUCGUAUUCGGUAAUUAUAGUAAGACUUUAGCCUUUUUUGGUCUCUAUUAAUCAUUAUAUUGUGUUAACAUACUAUAAUCUAUAUCACAAAUUUACAGUGUCAGAUGCGCACAGACCGUCAUUGGCAUCAUACGAAUAGACAUAAAUUUUCGAGUUUUCUAGCCUGCUUCUACUAACAUUUUUAAAGUUUUCAUUGUGAAUCACCUGUUUAUCUCUAAUUCAUUAAUCAUUUACUAUUCAUAUUUAUUUGAUAGUUUCAUAUACUGAAUAAUGCGUUUACACACAAGCAAUCCUGGAUAUGAUAUAGACGAUGCAAGCUGUCCAUUAAAAAAUAACGGUAUUCUAUUUCACACAGCAAAAAUUUAAAUCUCACUUGUAUUAUAAGAAUGCAUAUACAGCAAAAAAUUAAAGCUUAUUCAUGUCAAAACGAAAGCUGUUUACAAAAUUUAUAAAGGUGGUGAACACUACUAAACAGUGCUCAUUGAAAGACAUGUAUAAUAUAGGACUCAUAUAGUGACAUAUAAUUUGUCGUUUGACUUAUCUUUGGUGUAUGAUUUUAAUACCGUAGAUUUUCAACAGACAGCUAUACUUUGACAUAUACCAUGAUCGUUUGUUUCAGCCUUUAAUGCCAAGGGCCAAUUUUAUAGUGUUUUGACGGGCUUUAAGUUUUUUUCAUAAGGCCUUUAUAUAGAUCAACAAUCUGGAUACAGUUGGCGAUAUUUCGGAAAUCAAAAGAUCUCGCUAUUUCGUUGCAAUUCCACAUCUCAUCAAUAAAUAAAUUAUUUUCGUCCGAGUAUCAGGAUAGACUUUAAUACUAAUAAAUAACAACCACACUGUUCGGUCUAGAGAUAUAUAUUUUCUUGUAGGUUUAAUAUUGCCACGCUGCACAAGCGACAAGCCGCCGCAAGCGUGCUAGUUCUUUGGCAAGUCUAGAAUGAAAUCUGAUCCAACUUGCUUGAAUUGUAACUCGACACCAGAUUAUAGAGUAGAACGUCACGAUAUAAAUAUUAAUUUAAGAGUUCUCUUUACGAUUUCUUGUUGCAAAUUUACAGUAAAUUUCAUCACCCAAAGUUGCAAUUUUAAAACGCUGCAAACACGCUCCUUUCCCACCCCUCUCACAGUUACAAUUAAAUUUACCUCCCAGAAUCUGGGAGGCACGUGACCAGCCGCAGCCAGGGUCUCAAUCUCGUUCCCCGAGCCUGCGAUCCUUGGGAAGGAAACGAAGGCUCUGGGAUAAUCCAUCUCAGAAAUGAAUAUGAUUGGUUGCUGGUAUACAAUGGAAUGUUGCAAUUUUGCAAAAAUUAAUUUUUAACCGUAUAUUUUUAUAUACAACAUGGCGGCCGUUUAGGAGUGUACGAAUAUUGUUUUGGUUUUUCAGAGCUGUGCUAUAUACUAAUACUACGAAGGAAAUGCAUAUAAACGCAUACUUAAUGCGUAUAAUAUCACAACAGUUAAAUGGAGCGUGAAAACUUUACUCAUAUUUGUGUUGUACAGGUUUUCUGUAGUUUUAAUCUAUACAUAGUAUACAGUACUGUCAGUACACUGUACUAUUUGACUAUAAUAUCAAAUAUGUGCUAUAUUUUGCAAAUACUAUUUGUGUCAGAAAUGGUUAAUAACUUUUAUUAAUUUGUCUUUGUGUUAUUUAAUUGCGAAUAACUAGCUAAUGACUACUUAACGAAGAACUAGGCUCAACUAGCUAAUGACUAGUUUCAAUAAAUCCAAUCUUGGGAUUUACUGUUAUAUAUUUUAUUAUUUAAUGUAUAUACUGUACUGUAAACUUUUCAAGUGCAAGAGUAUGUAAUACUCAUUUUAACUUGUAGCAUGUAACCCUUUCCUUAUGGGUGCAUAUGAAUCUUUUGCUGUUAUAAUUUAUUUACAGAAGAGUUCAAAAAACCUUUAUUCUCUAAAUAAACCACAAUUUCACAGGCAGUGAUAUUAACUUGUAUUCCAGUCUGCAUACACCUAAUACAUAUAAUGAAUUCUUGGGUUUCAAUGUUUCAUUAUGGCAUUUUGCACGUUCUGACGGGGUCAACCUAAAAUGUAUUGAUGCUUAUGCUGUACUGGAGUGAGCAAAUUAUAUGAAAUUGCAUGUAUUUGCCACCAAACACAAGGCCAACACAUACAGUGAAAAAUUAAUUCACUCUGAUGACUGUGUCUCGAUUUAGAGUUGACCCCCGUCAAAUUUAUGACGUCAUAUGAAACACAAUAAUAUACAGUAUAAUAUUACAGCUAAUUGUAGCAGAAAGUAUUUAAUGAUUUUAAAUUUAUUGAGUAGUACAAUAUGCCAAAUUGGCAAUCCCUUCGUUAAUCUUGUCCACACAGUAAUUCAAAGAAGCCCUGCCCUCUGUACGAGGUUGUAUUAAUUGGAUUCUGUCCAAGAAAACGUCAUAAACCUUUUGAUCCAAAUGUUACAAAGUAUGAAUUCCAGAUUGGGAGACCAUAUAAAUAUUUUUAAUAAAUUCAUAUACUUUUUUUAAGAAAUGUUCUGUUCAUAUUAAAUGAUAGUGAUCAGCCACCAAUACCAGAAUUCAUUUUCAUCAACUUCCCCCUGGUUAUGACCCCUGCAGGGAACCACCUAGGGUGCAGGUAUAAUUUUGUGAUGAAUGAUAAAAAAUUGCCCAAUAUAAAUGCCGAGCCAUAGAAAUAUUUUUAUUACCAUGGUCAUGACAACUACCCUGUCAGUUUGAUUGCAAUAUCAAAACUCGUUAUUUACACUAUACCUACUCUGAGAAGGGGAGAGGCAACAAAAACUCGUAUAUUUCAGUUUUUUCCCUUCCCAUCCAAUUCAAAUCAUGCUGGCCACGAAAACAAUUUCCCGAUUGCGAUAAAAUAAAUCGCCAAAUGCCUGACAAUUUGGGCUGGUGACACCCCUGAAUGCUAUAAUGAUAGCAACUCUAUUGCUAUAUCUCCAACCUUGAAUGUCAUAUUUAGUAUUAAUUAAUUAAUGGCAGUAAUCAACAUGAAGUCAACUACAUUUUUGGCCAUUGAUGAGAAAUAUUGUCCAGAAGUACAGUGAAAUAACAAAAUAGGGUGCACUAAAGAGCAUUGUGGCUUAAUGAUCUAAUGAUAUUUCAUAGAUUAACCAAAGAUAGGUAGACAUGCAGAUGGAUAGCCUGCAUGCAGACUAUAUAAUGACAUAAUUAUGUAUACAUCAUUAUAUAGUCUGCGCGCAGGCUAGCAGAUGGACAGGUUAAUUUAACCCAUUCAAAUAAUUCUGGCGUUAAACAGCUUAAAAUAACAAAGUAGGGCAAACUGAGGCACAAUAUUGCAGCUUAACUUGCUCCAACUCUAUCAUUACAAACUGUAAAUCUUUAAUUAAUAUAGUAAUUCCUAUCCAGACACAAAAUUUGGUUAUAAUUCAAUAAUUUGAAAAGUGCUGUUGCAUCCCUAACAUACUAAACUGCUUGCAAAUAUUAAAACAUAUAAUGAAAGCUGUAAGGGCAGUUAAGGAUUUGGUUUAUAAACUGUUAAUUUCUAGAGAUGAUAUUAAACACAAUACAAACAUGGAAUUCACUAUAUUCAUAUUUUUAAUGAUAUGUUUUAUAAGUCUAAAUUCCUUUUAAUAUUCCUCUGAUAUACAAAUCUUCUGAAAACUUUAAUAUUAUCAAGUUUUAUAACCGACUUAAAAUUAGAAUUGAGACUCUCUUCAGGUAUUUUAAUACUACAGUAGCAAUUUUAGCGUUAAACGGCUAAAUUAUGCUGGAGGAACCACAAAUGUCUCUACAUUUAAAGCUUUUUCAAACUGACACAGAGGUGAAUGGACAAGAUUACAAUUAAUUGUGACAUUUUUCUUCGACAACAGCACUCUUCGCGGCUCCUGCCGACUCUAUACUGACCCUGUUUCACACGCAAUAUUUUCCUUAUUCAGUCACUAACACACCUUUUGUAUCCCACUCUGAAGAACAUCAAUAUUUCCACCAAAAUCCCGAAAAAAUCAUCAUUUUAUAGACGAAACAGUAAAAUACUUCAAACAAUUUGUUUUGCUUUUGCCAACGCAUGCGCAGUUCGGUCGACAUACAGUUUUCUGUAUGUCUGACAUGGAUUAUCCCAGAGCCUUCGUUUCCUUCCCAAGGAUCGCAGCCUCGGGGAACGAGAUUGCUACUACCGGUGUACGGUAGGUAGUAAGAACGUACUCAAUCUUCAAUUGACUUUUGAAACCCAAUCUUUCUUUGAAAUUAUAUUUUUCACAAUACGCUUUGAGGAAAUUGGCAAAUGGGAGUAAUUAACUGUAAAAAGAAGAAAAUACUUCAUCGUUGUUAUAUUCUUCAACACGCCAUUAAAAACUUGCUUUGAACGGAUGCGAUUUUGCUCAAAAGUGCUGUCUGAGGCCCCGUUUACACUAUACCGGAUUCGCUCGUCACGCGAUCAUCUUCUGCCGUUAAGGAGCAAUGGUUAGUAGCAAAUGCUUAUUAGUUUGACAGAAUUGGCUUGUUUAUUUGGGUCUCUGAGAUUAAAAAUCUUCACAGCCUUUCAAUGCCUACAAAAUUUGACCCACUCCGAUAGCAAUCCAGUAUAGUGUAAACGGGGCCUGAAUGUGGGAAAUGUUAUUUCAUAGAGACAAAAUCAAGAAUUUUACGGGGGUGUGGACGGGAUGUGGUUGGUGGAAGUGGGGGUAGUGUUCAAACUCAAUCUCUUUAAAAAAAUGGUGCUAGACUAAAAUGCAGCACUAAUUUUUGACAAAUGAGUAUAUUAUAAGAAAUAAUAUUAAGUUAAACGUUAUCCUGCUCUGAAAUACAGUAGUAAAUUUGACACAUACAGUAAGUACGCUUGCCCAACCAAGGUACUUUCGCUUUUCUACUCAGUAGUUGUGCGUCAUUGUGGAGCGGGGCGUCAUCCUACAACGUGGCACUGCGCCUACUGUGGAGAAAGUGCCCAAUUGCUCAAAACGUUUCCCCCAGUGGCACGGUCCCCCAUCGCAACUCGGGAGAUACGCAAUCCCAAUCGUGGCUACUCGCUUCGCUUGCAGGGCUUACAGUACUGCACAUUAUUUUUGGUUACCUGCACAAAGGAUAUACAGGCAUGUAGCAAGUAAAACAAUGAGAAAUGACCAAUAUAAUUAACAAGGCUAUCGUGCAGAGUUAUAACUCUGACGAAAGAAACGAAUUAGCAUAACGCAAUCAGCAUGCGCAAUUUAUGGCAGCCUGUUGUUUCAACGUAAUUAUCAUGCAGUUAAGGUUGACUUGAGAACGACAAUUCGUGCAAAAAGUUGUAAUGUUUCCAUAGCAAAUUUAGCACGAGGCCUCGACUUGGCAUCAACUAGAACAUAAUUCAGAAAUUGUAUAUAUAUAUACACGUAGCACUUUUAAACAACCAGACUGCCGGGAUUACCUAUCCAGAACUACAUUUUUGACCCAGUUAAAUUGCCCAAUACUCUACUACAGUUAAAUUAUUAGACGUUUAAGUGCCUGUGGUGGACCUUUCGAAAAUAUAGAAGGGGAUUGGGGGAGAGCUGGAAUUUAGGUUGUCAACGUAAUGAGAGAGUUUCAGUCCUCAAAUCUUUUAUAUUGUCACGAAUUUCCUUCACCAAAAGGACACAAUGCUUCUGUAGUUAAAAAAUUCUAAUUUAGUUACUUUGUGAAAAACGUAUUAAUCGGCAGUUUUAUAUAGAACAUAUAAGAGGCCGGGUCUUAACUAGAAGACCAUGUCAAAAUGGGAAAACGCGGCAAAUUGAAUCAAGCGAAAGUGGCUUCAUUCUUUAUGUAAAGCCGUAAUUGGUAAAGUGAUCUGUGCUUUUAUGUUUAGAUGGAUAUGUAAGUAAUGGGAACCGCAUGGUAAUAAAAUGGCUUUAAAUGCCUCUGGAGUUCUUAACAUAACUCACUGUAAUCUCUGUACGAAAUGUGAGCGUAUGCUCGCCUUGUAUACAGGUUAUAAGCAUAGAACAACCAUGCACAUGCAGGCAUACUCCAUUAUUGGCAAGCAUAACUGGAACCAAGCAUUUGGCUAUUCUGGUAAUUGGAACGUAUACGCCCUUGAAAUUUAGAAACACUCCCAAAACUGAAAAUCCUACCUAAGACCCUGAUUAGGGGGCGCUAAGGUAACCUUCAAAGAACAUCUUUUUGUUAUAAUUGUAGAUUCGUAAUGGCUACUGCCUUCACUUCAACUUCUAUAUCCGACGAUGAAAGAAGAUGGGUUGUCAUUGGUGUAUGUUUGACCAAAGUGCUCACUCCUGCAUUGAGGAAUGUUCUUGCAACCGAAAUACCAAACUGGCAUCAGGUUUUAUGUCAACCACCAACCGAAAUUGACAAACAAGUUUAUGGUCGACAACAAGUACAGUUAAACCCAUCAACUUUAGACCUCAAGUAUAAAAAUAUCAACAACAAUGAUGCCCUUAGAUCACCUCGUGCAUUUAAUUAUGCAGUUACAGAUCCGUUGUCUUUGGCAAAGUUGUUUGUUCAGCCAUUCAUGUCCAAGUUCACUGGCUUUGAUCGAACAAUGGACAUAUCUGCAGUCUUAUCAGUGAUUUGCGAAGCUGCCCCAUUUGUUGGAGCUGCUGCUCAUGCAAAGACAGUUCGAUCAGAUAUCAGAAACGAGUGGGCACAUUGCAAUUUUGCAAAUUGGACUGAAACAAAAUUUAUUGCUGCUUUUCAAAGUAUGGAAACUUUACUUAAGAAUGUGAAUUUGUCACCUGCAGAUGAAGAGAAAUUGUGUGAUGAGCUGAAUAGUUGGAAAGAUAAAGGUAAAGAAAUUACAAUUCACUUGCUUGAAGUAUGCCUAGAUAAAACUGUCUGAUUUACUGCGCACCUAAAAACCAUAUAUUUAGAGAGAUUUGCAAUGAAGAUUAAUUGCUUACCAUCAUUAAAUGUUUACAUCAACCUAACAUAUUAUCUCCUGUUUUGGACGGAAAUUGCCUGUGUAAAAAAUGCAAUUAUAGGCCCAGCUGGAAUCGCUCUAACAAACUGCGCUAAGCAGAGACCAGUGGCCGACUCAGGGCUCACAUUGAUACCAGUUCCCCUGAACUGACGUGACUACGCUGUAGGUGAAAUAAAGUUUAUUUGAUUUGAUUUGAUUAAACAGCAAGUUCAACGGUUAAAGCUCGUCUGUUUGACUCGGUUAGAGUGCUGCCCUGGAUUCGCAGGGCUGCAAGUUCCGCUCCCUAUUGUUGCGUUUUUCCCAGUCGCUCUUGGUUUGGUUUAAAAAUGAAUAAAAUUUAUUAUACUUGAAAUUUGUAUUUACAAAAGCCGUACAACAUUUAGUUUUAUCAAAUGAGACUCUCCAAAUCAUGGAAUCUCCUCAAUUAUUUAUUAACCCCGGUUGCCUAUAGUUGCAUUUUUCACAUGCAGCUGCUCUUGGUUUGAUAGGUCUAAGAAUGUAUAAAAUAAAUAAAUAUUUUACUGCCACUGGAAAUUUCUUUUAGCGAAAACCAUUCAACAUUCAGUUCUAUCGAAUGAGAUAAUUUUUAUAAAUAAAUAAAAAUAAAUAAAUUUGUUACAGGGUUGCAGUUGUGUUUCGGUCAACCUGUCGACGUUGAAAUCUUAACUUUACUCAGAAGUGAAAUCGACGAAGUUCGCGAAGCUGUGCAGACAUGGAUGCUAAAGAAAAAUCAGGUUUUAAUUUAUUUGGUUAAUCAUAACAAUUAGUAUACCUCUGUACACUUUGUUCCGCGUAGGCGUUUUUUCUCUCAGAAGACCAGUAGAGGCUUUCGCUCGAAACCUUGAAAUUCUAUUUUUCAGGUAGUUGCAUCAUACACACAAGUUCUCAGUUUGCAUUCUCCACCAUUCGCUGGGACCCAACACACAGAUUAAUAUUUAAAGUGUCGAUCAACUGUGAAGGACGAAAUAAAUAUUACUUAUAAAUUAAAAGUUCCUUUGCAUAACGUAAAAUAUUUGUCAUUUUACAGAUGACAACACUACUUUCGAAUAUUAGUGAGAUUCAGUCAACCUUGAAUGAUGAAAUAGAUGAUCUGCGCAAGAGAGUAAAACAAUGCGAGAUUCAGGGAGCUAGCAAUACCUUGAAAAUACAAAACCACGAGAUUCAGGGAGCUAACAAUACCUUGAAAAUAGAAAAAUUCCAGAUUCAGGGAGCUUGCAAUACCUUGAAAAUAGAAAAAUGCGAGAUUCAGGGAGCUAACAAUACUAUGGAAAUAGAAAAAUACAAGACGGAGGCAACUAGCAAUUCCUUGAGAAUAAAAAGAAAUUCUGAAGAAAUAAAGCUUCUUCAGAAGAAAUGUACGACGGAACUUUCAAGAUGUUAUAUUAAGAAAGAGGAAAAAAUUCCCUAUGUUUUCACUGCACCCCCACGAAAUCGUUAUUUCGCUGGGCGAACUGCAGAAAUCCAGGAGCUUGAAAGUAUUCUGAAAGUUGAGGAAACUUUGAACGAAAAGAAAGUUCGUGUUGCAGCAGUAUGUGGUUUGGGUGGAAUUGGUAAAACAAGCUUAGUUUCCGAGUAUGCUCAUCAGAUGAAGGAUUUCUACAAAGGAGGUGUUUAUUGGUUCUCGGCUGAAGAUGAUACGUUUCUUGAGAAAACAGUAAACGACGUCGCAUUAAAGAUUGAUGCGUUACUUGGUUCAUUUGAUUUAACUUUGUUAAAUACAUUGAAGAAAAUUAGCAGUUCACAUGAUCCAUGUCUUAUUGUCCUCGACUGCUUGGAUCAACUGGAUCUGUCGUCGAAUAUGAUGAAAUUUCUUUCCUUUCCUGCGCAGGAAAAUAUCUUUGGACAUUUUGUCGUGCUAACAAGAAGAAUCCCAAACCUACUUGCUAAUGAAGUUUCAGUCUUUGAGAAGAAUUCUUGUCUUCAACUCAAAUGUUUCCUCUCUAAAGAAGCAAAGGAAUUUCUUUCUUCGAGAACUGGUGUGAAUCUUGAUGAUAAUGUGGAGAGUGUCGCAGAAUGUCUUUGUGAAGAGCUGGGGAGACUUCCACUUGCUUUGGAACAAGCUGGAGCUUGUAUUGAUAUGCUCAGUUGCACUUUGUCCUCAUACCUGGAGCAAUAUAAAACUGAACGCUUGCGACUGCUGAGUCAGCAACCGGCACGCUCUGUAUCACCAGGUAAAGAGUCAUCUGAAUGUUUGGCAGUUCACACGACAUGGCUUAUCAAUAUGGAGUAUAUGAAGAAGCGCCCGAAUGGUCAUGCUGCUAUUCGAUUUAUGAAUGCUAGUUCAUUUUUCAAUGGAAGUGAGAUUGAAGAAGAGUUGGUCAACGUUGGAACACCCGAAGUGGAGGACGUCGCGUAUCGCAAAUGCGUGUCAUCACCAUUGGGUUGCUGUCAAGUUCUAAAAUUGUUGACUGACUUUUCACUUUUUACGUAUGUCGAAGCACGCUCUGUCAGCACCCAUCGUUUAGUCCAGGAACUAGUCAGAGAAAGUCUUAAUCCCGAAUCAAAAGCAGAGAGUUUUACUGAUGCUGUGCGGAUGCUUGCUUAUGCAUUCUGUAAAUGUUCUUCACCCAGUACUCUUGUAAAUCUAGAUGA